AAAAUAAAUCAUUUGGCUGUUAACGCACCUAUUAGUUUUCUAAGUAUAGUCUUGAAAAACUUCUCCAUCUCCGUCAUGUUGGUCAUGACCCCCUCCUCCCCAACAUCUCCCACGCCACUGGUCCUGUCCAUUUCCUUUUCCGGGCUUGUAGUAAGCAAGAGGCCUCACCAUGGGAGCCUACAAGUAUAUUCAGGAGCUGUACCGUAAGAAACAGAGCGAUGUGCUUCGCUUCCUGCUCCGUAUUAGAGUUUGGCAAUUCCGCCAGCUCACAAAGAUGCACAGGUCUCCCAGGCCCUCCAGACCCGACAAGGCACGUCGCAUGGGAUACAGAGCUAAGCACGGGUACGCUGUGUUCCGUAUUCGCGUCCGCAGGGGUGGUCGUAAGAAGCCCGUGCCCAAGGGUGCCACCUACGGUAAACCCAAGAGUCAGGGUGUGAACCAGCUGAAGCCCACCCGCAACCUCCAGUCUCUUGCUGAGGAGCGUGUUGGUAGGCGAGUUGGUGGCCUGAGGGUUCUUAACUCCUACUGGAUUGCAGAAGACUCCACCUACAAAUAUUUUGAAGUCAUCUGUGUGGAUCCCUUCCACAAGGCCAUCAGGAGAGAUGCCAAAGCCAACUGGAUCUGUGCACCUGUCAUGAAGCACCGGGAACUCCGUGGUUUAACCUCUGCUGGCCGCAAGUCCCGUGGUCUGGGCAAGGGUCACAGAUACUCACAAACCAAGGGAGGUUCCCGCCGUGCUGCCUGGGUCAGGAGGAACACUCUGUCUCUCCGCAGGAAGCGUUAAACUUAUUCUUAAUAAACUCUGUUUACAUCA